AUGUAUCACGAUGAAUGCAUUUCUCCAUUCAACUUACAGGGUCCGAGACCCCAAGACGCCACCACCUUGUUGUUAUCCGUGCCAGAUGGGCUUCGCCCAACUGCGCUGCAAACAACUAUACAGCAUCAUCCCUGGAUCGAUCUUUUCCCGAUUCCUGUCAUGAGAGAUAAUAUUCUGCGAGGAAUCGAAGCGGGUGUAAUCAAUAAGGAAGAGUUAUGUGGCGAUAUGAUGAGAGUCGAGGAUGCAGAUGAUGCGGUGGCGCCUUUUGCUGUCUGGGGAGAGGCUUGGGAUGUCAGGGGCUGGGAGAUAAGUCCUGCAUUUUUGAAAAAAUGGGGUUGGUUGGUGCAGGGCUGCCCUGAAAUUCUAGAGGCAACUAAGUUCUGGAGAGAACGGCGAGGACGGACUAAAGGAAUUAAAAUGCCACAGGACUAA